AUGGAAGCAGAUGGUGAACCUCUCAACGAUGUCAUGCUAAAAAUUUCCUCCGGGCGCCGACAGACUUAUGCCAACCUUAUGAAGAGUGCAACCGUAACAAUCUAUAACCGAAAGACUGAAGGAAUGGUACAGCCGGCUUUGGAAGAUGUGUUCUUCCCGAAGUUACACACUCUACGCCUUGUUUUGCGCUUUUACGACUUGGACACCGGCGAGGAGAGUAUCCGCGUCCCGACUUUGAACAUGCCAAAUCUCCAGACCCUUCAUGUCGACCGUUGGGCUAGGCCUAGCAUUCUAUAUCCUGCCCAAUGGGAUAAUCUCACUGACCGGAUUCUGAAGCUCUUCCCGAAUUUGUCGAAUGUUCGAAUUGAGAUACCAGCCAUUCUUUAUAUUGCAGAAUCUGAGGCUCUAUCCGAAAACCUGCCAAACUUGGAAUCUAUCCAGUUUGAGAAAUUUUACCCUAGUCGGACACGAAAAGUAGUGUGGAGGAUACAAGUACUGAUGAUUUGGACGAUGAGGAUGCGGAUCACGAUAAUACGGAUUGACGAGGAUACAGAUGAUGAGGAUACGGCCAAUGAGCACACAUACAGCGAGGGUACAUAUGAGGAGUGA